AUGCCGUCCACUCACAUCUCCACGUACCAUUGCAUCUGCAGCGAAGUGCUAUUCGCAAGCACCCGUCCCCUGACCGAAUUCGCCACACGCCAAAGCGACUCCGCGGCCAUUUGCACGAUUAUCAGCAACAGUAAUAAUAGUAGUAGUAAUAGUAAUAAUAAUCACAAAAAAGAAGAGGAUUUCCCAUGCUUGAUACUCAAACUCGAUGAUGGGUUUGAAAAACGUUAUCCUGUGCAAUGUCCUCGCUGUGGAGUGUGUUUUGCAUAUCAGUUGGAUGGGAGUCAGUGGGUGGAAGAUGGAAAUGAAAAUGAAAAGGAAAAGGAAAAGGAUGAUGAUGUGAGGAGGACGGGGAGGAGAUGUGAUGUUUUGUAUGUGUUGAGGGAGGGGUUGGUGAGGACGGAGGACGUUAUUG